AGUUGACAUUCAUUGUUGUUUACAAUCCCAACAGAAUUUUGAGCUUUGAAAUCAGAGUUCUGUUCUUGAUAUAUUUUCUAAUUCGCACUUCACCAUGGAUCCUCCCAAUGUGGGUAAUGAUUUUGCGGACAAGGUUCGCUUUCACCUGAGUAGGGAUGAGUUGGAGCGACAGAUGCGAAAAAUUCACGAACGUGGUGAUGCUCAGAGCCAGCCUUCAGGCAGCGGAAACAGCCCGAAUUCGUCGAAUGAUGUGCCACAGCUGGAGUCAUGGAUCUUCGAGAGCGUUGGGGGCUACUAUCUUCCCAAUGAAGACCUAUCCAAGAUGCCGCUGCCUCGUCAGGAACAACUGCUGAUGAGGGAUCUCAUCUACGCCUUUUCGGGGGUACCCACUUCCCAUGUUAAGCCCGAUAUCCAGCUCGAUCAGAUCUCUGAAAUGAGUGCCGUGGAUAUAGCCAAGGUUCGUUUCCGUUUGGAUGAUGUCUUCAAUGCGGCCUUCAAGGCCUUGGCCAACGAAGUAUUGCCCCUGAUAGGUUACUAUAUUAGUGUGCAGAGCUUUAUAGAGGAGACCAACAUGUCGCCGAAUUGUGGAAGAACACGAUUGGCCUUGGCCACCGCUUUGGGCGACCAAAUGCAGGACUACUACGAUCUCCAAUCCAAGUUGGAGACUGACUUGCAGGAAAAGAAGUUGAAUCUCAAGGAUCUGGUGCGUCAAGUGCGUCCAUGGUUGUCUAUCUUGAAGGUUCUUUCCUCUAUGGCCAGCAGCUCCCGGGGUAAGUUGACCAGCGCUCAGUUGCUAACACUGUUGGAUCAGUUCUACCGGGAUCAGAAGACUUCUGAACCGGAUCUUAAGGAGAGGGUGACCAAGAUCAUGUCCGCUGUAACUCAUGUCUACAUGAAAAUCGUUCAGUUGUGGAUGCAAAAGGGUGUUUUAUACGAUACACAGCGUGAGUUCUUUGUGGAGGACACGGAACGUUCGAAUGCAAUGAGUAGUACGCUUUUGGCGCCGGAGAAAUGUUGUCACGCCUACUGGGCCCAGCGGUAUCGUCUUCUCCCAGAUCGUUUGCCCGCCUUUCUGCUUCCCCAGGCGGAUGAGGUGUUUCUGGCCGGGAAGUACCUGAAUAUCCUGCGCCAGUGCAAUGUGACCAUGAAGCUGCUGCAGCUGCCACUCGCCUAUAAUCCUGGAGAGGCAGGACAUGAGAUGAUCAUCAAGAAUAGCUACGAUUUGCCGGCGAGAAAACUUUUCGAUGUUUUAGCAAAGGAACACAAUCUGGCCUUACAUAUUCGCAACUUGAGGUGCUAUUUCCUGCUGCAGGAGGAGGGAUUCGUGGAGACUCUGUUGGAGAAAUGCCAGGAGCAACUGCAGUGCAAUGUGGACCGGUUGGUGCCCGAGAAACUGCAGACCCUGCUGACGGAGACCCUGCAAAAGUCCAAUGAUUUUUUCAAGGAUAUGCUGCGCUGUCAACUCAAGGAUUGCGAUGUGGGCACUCAAUUGGGCAGGCGGCAUAGGUUGGGAAAGUCUAUGGGUGAAAGUCGGGAAAGGGAGAGCUCCAGCGAGGAGGAGACACCGGCAGUCCUCAAUCUCUAUGGCUACGAAUCAUUGGCUCUUCGCUACGAAGCCAAAUGGCCUCUAAGCUUUGUCCUCUACCCGGAGAUCCUGGAGCAAAUGCAAAUCUUGCAGCGGGUCCUUCUUUUCCUGCACUAUGUGAAACGCCACCUGACUGUCCUGUGGCAAACUCCUUCCGAGGGCAUGGGCCUCAAGGUGACCAAACGAUCUGGAAAUCUCCGCCAGCGGAUGCUCAUGUGUAUGCUGAAUCUGGAGCACCAUAUUAUUAUGGACAUCGCAGAGCCCCGAUGGCAAUCAUUGACCCUAACCGUGGACAAGGCCAGGAAUAUCGAUGAGGUGCUUAAUACGCUUGAGAUCACCGUGGAUGAGUGCCUGCGAUUUGGUCUGCUACCCUCUGCCAACAGCUUUGUGAAAUCCCUAUUUACCCUGGGCCAGGUGUGCCUCAACUUUUGUGGCUUUGUGGAAUCCCCGCCAGAUGGAACUUCCGGGGAACUCGAGCAGGCCAUCUUCGAGUACGAAGAGGAGUUCGACAACUUCAUGGCCAGCAUCCUGGACUUGGUAAGCGAGUUGGCCAAGUCGGGUGGCUCUGGCGAGCGGGAGUCCUGCAAGCAGUUGGUCAAACGUCUCGAGGGGUUCGGCAAGUACUCCGAAACGGACUAGGAUGAUGCAUACAAGUAUUGGUCACGUGCUCACACAAAUUUCAUCAGUGGGUCAAAGGCGUGUGCAGCAGCUUUGAAAAUCCACCGUGCCAUGAACCUGUUGCCACCUAACCAUAAAAUAUUUAAUGCUGUGUUUACACGACUCAUCUACACUUUCUGUGGCGACUCUUAAGGCCAUAUAAAUUAUUUCUUUCAGUCCCUCUAAA